ACAAGUUGCCCUGUUGUUGCGAAUCCGCCAGGAAAGAAGGGAAAGCGGUGUGCGCGCGCCAUCGCGAGCUGGGUCAGAUCUGAGCUGCGGCGCUUUCGAUCCACGACCUAAGGGACUGCUCCAGCCAGGGCGCCGCGAGAUCCACAGGUCUUUUGCAGGGAUUUCGGGGAUUUUGGGGAGCUUGGAGCUGAGAAGAAGGCGGCAGCGGCAGCUAUGAAUCCCGAGUAUGACUACCUCUUCAAACUCUUGCUAAUUGGCGACUCCGGCGUGGGAAAAUCGUGCCUGUUGCUGCGAUUCGCGGACGAUUCUUACCUUGAGAGCUACAUCAGCACUAUCGGGGUGGAUUUUAAAAUUCGCACAGUGGAGCUGGAAGGAAAGACCAUCAAGCUCCAAAUUUGGGACACUGCUGGGCAAGAGCGCUUCCGGACCAUCACCAGCAGUUACUAUCGUGGCGCUCACGGGAUAAUCGUCGUGUACGACGUGACCGACCAGGAAAGCUUUAACAACGUCAAGCAGUGGCUGAACGAGAUCGAUCGCUACGCGAGCGAGAAUGUGAACAAGCUCCUCGUCGGUAACAAGGCCGAUCUCACGGCCAAGAAGGUCGUCGACACCCAGACUGCCAAGGCUUUUGCAGACGAGAUAGGAAUCCCGUUCCUAGAAACCAGUGCCAAGAAUGCGACCAACGUAGAGCAGGCAUUCAUGACCAUGGCUGCGGAGAUCAAGAACAGGAUGGCGAGCCAACCGGCGAUGAACAGCAACAAGCCCAACAACGUCAGUCUCAACAAGGGGCAACCUCUCAACCAGAAGGGUGGCUGCUGCUAGGGAGGAAAAAAUUUGCAACGAAGGAGAAAAGAAGGGAAAAUUUACGUAGAUUCGAUGAUCGGUGUCACAUUUGUUGUUUCAUUUUUUCUUUUUUCUUCCUCUCCUCCAGUGAAUAUUUUUUAGUACUUUUUUACCCUCUGUGCUUGACGAUGACGGAAUAUACUUGACGGUUUUUCA